GAUUUGUUUUUACAGCAACAUAGAUCCCCACCUCUCUCAUUAUUGUCUAGCCGUAACGUCGGGAUCUCAGCCUCACCCCUUGACCCUUUGUGCGGCGCAAAAUGUUCUUCGUGUUCACCCACAUCCGACGAAAGGAAGCUCUGCUUCCAAGGAACAGCAACACCGCGGCAUUCCGGAAGGGCUUCAUUGCGUGCGUCAAACAAAAUUGACGCUUCACAGGAUGAAGUACGACACUACGUACAAUUUUACCUUAUACGUGGUAAAUACACGAAAUAAUGUAUCGAACCGUAUAGCGACUGAUACCAUAAAAUUUCGGAAAACAUCGGAGUUAAGACUGCGCACUGGGCAUUAUAGCACAGCCAAUUUGCGUAAAACCGAUGGAUUCGUCAAUUUCUUUUAUCGUCCUCCAGCAAAUACUUCAAGUACCUUUUAUAUUCUUCCUUGCGGUGGCGGCAUCGUUAGAGCAAAAUUAAGUGCUCCAGGAAUUUUAAGGGAAAAGGAGGUAAUAGGAUAUGCAUCAUUAAGGGUACCACCUUUAACUUCAGGGAAAGGAUACACAUUACGGAUAUCCGCUACACCACAAGAAUUAGUACGAGUAUCUGCCAUUAAAGUACUAGCUACCCAAGAAUCGUCUGCCAUAUAUCCACAGAUUCCCACGAGAAGUAUACCACGUGAGUACGGAUCCCUAAGAACUUGCCACGAGGUGACAGUAGGGGUGGAAUCAGCAGGUUCUGCCAAGUAUUGCAUCCUAGUACGAGAAUUAAAGAGCAGCUCGUCUUUGGCCAGCAUGACAACUAUUCCAGACCAAUGUGGCCUUCAUCGUCGACGACGUUCCGAAUAUACUUUCGAGAUCUGCGAGGAAAAAGAAAAUCCGCCGAAAGAUCGAGCGCUUCCAUUCACCCUUAAGAGGUUACAACCAGGAAAAGCUUAUCUCUUACAAAUCACAGCUCAAUUAAAAGGACAAUCUUUGUCUUAUCCCUUGUUAACCGUACGCACUCGACGUUCCUGUCUACCUUGAUAAUAACGAUUCUCAUCAAAGAAAAUAGGAAUAAUCAAUGAUGAUCUUUGAAAAACGAAUAAUCUCGAUUUAAAUCAUUACACUACAUUUAGAUCUUUUAUCAUUAAAUCUUUUGUUUCGCCAUUUUUAAUAUCUAAUAUUUCUCCUUUCUCGUUUAUAUCGGGAUGGAUGCAUUAAAAAAAAAAAAAUCAAAGAAUUACUUAUUUAUUAAUGUUUGUCUUUUGAUAAAUGGGUAACUCUUUCAUGCAUUAGGACAAAAUAUAAUCAAAAAAAUUUUUUGAUUUAAUAUCAGUUCAAAUCUUACAAUUUUUUUUAG